CCUUCAAAACGACCCAUCUUAUGAGUUCAUUGGCGAAGUAAUUUUAAAAAUAAACGUUGUCUAAGCCGAGAAAAUCAAGGCUAAAGUUUAUGUAUAUAUUAACAUGAUUUUUUAUCACAUAUAAAACCACGGAGUGACUUUCUUUGUCUUUUCUGUGAACACAUAUUAUUAACCCAAGAGAUUUUACAAAUUUUGGGUCCCGUGACUUUUUAUCCACGACGCACGACUAGAACACGCGAGACACGAUACACGACCAAAACGCAAAUUAAAAGUUUUAAAAUUCAAAGAUUGCUUUAUUAUUUUGACGACGCUACUUGAGCUCAUACGAAACCACGCAUUGUUUACAUUCAAUACUGAAUAAAGGAUAGUAGACGUAAUCUCGUUCUCGCGCUCAGAACAAACGAAACAAUGGAAGCGAACGGACACGAAUUCCUGCGAAGAAAGUUCAUGCACUUAUUCAAGUCGUUUCAACACAGCCGUGGUGGAUUUAUAAUCAAAGAGGACGCAGGGAUUCACAGCAAACAGCUCGAGAGCGUUUUGAAACGACAGUUGCAAAGCCAGGGGUUGUCAGACGACGCCAUAGAAAAGCGUAUCGCAGAAUUCGAUUCGGAUUGGGUACCCUCCGCUAUGCAAUACUUCACCGAAAUGGCAAAGUUUGCUAAAAAUCACGCAGAUAUAUCCGUCGAGGAGUUCAUGGCGUUCAAUAUGUCAAUUCGUGAUCAUGUUGUCGAACAUGGCGCUCUUCCCUCGUGGUUUGAAGACUCCCUGCGGUCGUCGUAUGUGAAAUGUUGGUCGAGCAAGGAUGGUGUACUUUCUGAGGAUGGCUUAGAGUUACUUCCAGGUGGGACUUGGUUAAGCUUUCGGCCCGAUUGAGCCUGUUUUUAGCCUAAGGAAUACUUUGGGGGUGAAAUUGCGUGCCAUGACGACUUGCGAAAAUCACUCCCUGACGCGCUUGAAAGAUGAAUAUACAACCAUCAAUAAAUAUAUUAGCCAUGAAUUAUUGAACCAGCUGUGUCGGUAUAAAAUACCAUUUAUUUGUUCAGCACAACUUUUAUUCAUGAGUUUAGAGUGUCCCACGACUAAUUAAAAAGGGUUUUUGAAAGAACGAAAGGGCUGUUCUAAACAGCCUUACUUUAUUAAUAUGUGGAGGUCUUUGAGUUUCACUCAAACAAGAAGUAAUUAACUAAGGUCCUCCGGUUAACUAAGGAGUCUAAGAAGACCAAUUAUAUAAGAGACUAUUGAGCCUAACACGAAUAUAAUUUUUAUGAACUUAAAUCAAUUAUUUUGUUCCUAAGUUCCGUUUGGAAGUUUACCUGCCUAUAAAACAAUAUAUCUUUUGCUUUGUGAUAAAACACCAAGUCCAAGUUAUUUAUUUAUUGUUUGUGUUCGUAAACUGUUAUGACUUAUGACGUGAUGCGUAUUCCGUUCUAUUCAAAGCGAAAAGUGAUGUCACACGAUGUUAAUGCUGGCAAAUGAUCAAUAAUGCACUCGUGCAUAUGGCUGUUAAUCAAACAGUUUAACGUUGACGACUUUGUGAAGAAGUUAAUUUAGUUGUCAUGUGCUGCUGGACACGGCUGAGCAGCACUGUAACAAUAUUUUAAUCAUGAGACAUGAUAAACAAUAUUGGCCAUUGACUGAAGUACUGCAUUCUUUUAGCCCAACUUGAAACUGAAUAUUCGAAUUUGACCAAAAAAGUGAAUUAUUUUUCAGCCAGUUCAAAAAUUAAAAAUAUUCGUCCAGAACAAAUGCCUUUCUAUAUCGUUUAACAACUUGUUCCAGAUUUGCACGAAAACUGGGAACAAGCAGUGCGAACACAUCCUGAUAUUGGCUUGACAACAACACACAACUUAUUUGCAGAUCUCAUUCUGUAUAACUUGCGCGCUUUCACGUGCAUGUAUAUACCAUGCAGUAUACCAAUUUAUUUCCAUUUCAUUUAGGCGUAACAAAGAACAGCAAAGCUUUAUGCCAUCAGUUUUUAACAGAUAACAACAACAAGAAAAUUGAUGUCACAACAUUUCUGAGCUACAUCGAAGAUUUCUACAGCAAUGAGGAUCCUGGUCACAUCAGUAAAUACAUCCAUGGUUACCAAGAGGAAUGAGCUACAUUUGCUGUGAAACUAGUUUCCAUAUUUGUACAUAUAGUCUAACUGUUAACUAUGGGCUAGUAUGUAGAGACAAGUAGAAAUAAACAGUAGAAAAAAAUAAAGGUAUGGGUGAAAAUCUGAAUACAAAUUUGAAGGGAACUGAUAAGCAAAAACGAAAGAAUGACAGAACAUAAAUUAAAUCCCGAUCAAGCGAGAAUGAGAGUUGAUGAGACGACAAACUUCAAAUCGUAUUUUAAGGUCAACUGUUAACUGUUCGAAGUUAAGACAAAGUUGAAGCAUGAAAUUAGCUACUUAGGGCCUCCACAGACUAGCGAAAUAGUCGCCGACAACUAGUUUGUUAUUGUCGACGACCAAAAAUCCGGUGUGUGAUAAAAAUGCAUGUGUUAAAUUUUUAGUAGUCUACAACAAAGUCAAAGUAGUUUCCCUUUUUUUCGAAGGCAAAUUUGACAUUUAGUCGACAAAUCAAUAUUGUCGACAAAGGCGUUUUUCGAGUGUGUGGGGAGUAAAGGAACUUAAUUAAGCCGGAAGAAAGAAACUUUAUUUAAUGAAGGCAGUACUAGUAGUUCACGCGAUGGCCCUCGAGUAGUAUCGCACAAAAUUAAUAGUUGACAAAUAUAGAAGUUGUCGAUAACAAAUUGUCACAACAAAUCACUCUAGUCUGUGGAGACCCUUAAGGUCCUGUCAUACUAUUGCGUAUGAGAGAAACGUAUAUGAGAAUCGUAUGGGGAAAUUAAUGAAAUAAUUUUCAUGCGUACAAAAAUCCUUUGACCGAAUGCCAAAGUACCGUACAUCUGGCGUACCAAUGAGUACCGUACAUCUGGCGUACCUCUAGCGUAUUCAGCGUGUGCCUAGAGUAUGCUUAGCGCCAACCAUACGUCCGAAUACGUACAAACUUUCCAAGCAUGCUUAAAAAAACUUUCUGCCUCGCCGUGUGCCAGCGAAUGCCAUCGUAUGCGACCGUGCUUGAAACGUAUACAAAAUUAAUGCAACCUAUGUCUAUAAAGGCCAUGUUACACGGUGCAAUUUUUCUUGCAACUUGCAAUGCAAUUCUACUCUUGAGAGAUGUUAUUAAUUAGUGAAAUCAGUGAAGAAUUAUAUUAGAGAAAUUAGAGAAAAUAUCAGCGGAGUGUUAUGAAGACUCGUAUUUGGCAAUUUUACAUCUCUCAAGAGUAGAAUUGCAUUGCAAGUUGCAAGAAAAAUUGCACCGUGUAACAUGGCCUUAACGUACCCCUAGCGUAUGACAGCGUUUUCCAGCUUAUGAGUCGGAUAUUUUUCAUACGCUAACAUACGCUAUAGUACGAUAUGCAAUUGUGUGACAGGGCCUUAAGCUGUCGAAAACGUGUGAAACGUACCUUCAAAUGCGAUUUACGUCAAUCAUAAGGUCUCAAUUCUCCCUUGCCCUUGGUAACUAACUUCAUUAUAUUUGAUGACGUAUUAAUGUGUUAUAUUAGUCGCGUAGUUUCAUGACACUUAUCAAUGAUUAAUGGUACUUAAAGUCAGGAAUUAAGUUAAUAAAGCCAAUAUCCGAGUUUAUUCUGUGAUUCAAUACCAUAUACAGCCAGCCAACAGCUGAAAAUUUGCUAAAAAUGUUCUGACGUCAUUUUGUUACAAGCUGCCAACUUUUUUUCCU